AUGAAGGCAAAUUGUCUCUUUGCUACUCGAUUUCCUUUUAUUCGUAGAUUGUUCAAAAAGAAUUACAAAACGCUGCGCGCCAAUGGAGAGAAUUCACUGCCGACUAUUUCGAAUGCAAUUCUAAUUGCUGGUCAGACAUUAGCAGAAUCACGAGAGCCUUGCGUUGUUCGACUAGCGUCGCAAGUGUUAGCUGUGAUUGCAAGUCAGUCUACUUCUUAUGGAGAUGAAGCACCUCGCCUUCUUCUUGCCAGUCAUGGGCCGGUACUCGUCAAGACAAUAUUCCUUCGUAUCCAAGUCGAGCUCUUGCGUCCUACUGUCGAGUAUUUGGCUGAAGUGCUAUUUUUCUUCGCUAAGGAGUUUUCACAAGAAACAAGAAACGUGAUAAACGGACUAGAACAUGGCGACUCCCCUCUUGUGGCAGCAAUGUUUAGA